AUGAUUACAAGGCAGAAAACAGGUUCACUUCGCCCAAAACAAGUAUUCAACUUAUUACAUACAAAUACUGAUGAAGCAGAAAUCAACAACAGUGAUCCUACCUGUUACACUGAAGCAGUCAAGCACAGCCAUUGGCGCAAGGCCAUGGCUGAAGAAUUUUUGGCACUACAGAAGCAGGGUACAUGGCAUCUAGUUCCACAUCCAGCAAAUGUACCAGUAUUGGGAUGUAAGUGGACGUAUAAAACGAAACGGCAUUCGAAUGGGUCCGUAGCAAGGUUUAAAGCCAGGUUGGUAGCACAAGGGAACAACCAAGAAUAUGGGAUCAAUUAUCAAGACACGUUUAGCCCAGUAGCUAAAUUUCCCACAAUAAGAGCAUUGAUAACAAUAGCUCUAUCAAAACAAUGGCCCAUACAUCAAUUAGAUGUAGUCAAUGCAUUUCUCCAUGGUAAUCUUGAGGAAGAAGUGUAUAUGAUCACAAAAUCGCUUUUACUUAGCUAA